AUGACCCUUUCCCUCCCGAUAGGUGCCUGCGAAAAGCUGCCCCAGGGACCCGCCGUGGUGUACCCUGAGAUCACGUCCUGCCCCGAGAACUACGGCCUGCAGCUGUACCAUCACCCCGUCAGCUGCAACCAGUUCUUCAAGUGCGCCAACGGCACCCUCACCCUGGAGACCUGCGAGAACGGCUUGCUGUUCGACGGCAAGGGCGCCGUGCACAACCACUGCAACUACCACUGGGGCGUCGACUGCCAGGGACGCGAGGCUGAUGUGACCCCCAUCGCCCGUGGUAUCUGCGAAUACUCCUUCGGUAUCUUCUCCAACGGCCCCUGCGAGACCUACUACACCAAGUGCGCCUACGGAGAGCCAGAGGAAUUCCCCUGCACGCCCGGACUCGCCUACGACGAAAGGAUCCACGGCUGCAACUGGCCCGACCUCCUGGAGUACUGCGUCCCCGAGGAGGUCGUCGGCUUCAAGUGCCCAGCUUAUGCCGAACCUGGCAGCCUCGCCUCCCGGUUCGAGCCCUUCCCCAGGUACUCGGCUCGUGACUGUGGCCGCUACAUCAUCUGCGUGGACGGAAACCCAAGACUCAUCGGGUGCGGUGACUAUACUGUCUUCAACGAGGCUACUCUGACCUGCGAAGAUCCCGAAUAUGUGCCUGAGUGCGCCAACUACUUCAAGUAAACAGCAAAGGAGAUGUUGCCAGGAACGAAAUAACAUCUUCGACGUUCAUUAACAUCCUGAGAGAGAACAUCUUUCAUCAGUCUUCAGU